AUGGCGGCGAGUAAGCCACGGAUCAGUCUUCUUCCUGAUGAUGUUUGGAAAAAGGUCGCAUCAUCUUGUGAAAUCACCUCUCCACAGCAUGUCAUCGAGGGUCUGCUCAGAAAUGCUUUGGAUGCAGAUGCCUCGUCAAUUGUCAUCGAGGUGGAAUUUUCGAAAGGCUACGUUUCAAUCUGCGACAAUGGAAAUGGGAUCAAGCAAGUGGAAUUCUCAGAGCAAGGCCAGUUGGCCCGACUUCAUUGUACGAAACAGCUUGAUGUGCAUGUUGGUCAGAAAUUUGACUGCGGUCUCCUAGGUUCUUCGAAACUAUCUUCUUCGGAUCCUACCUACGGUCGCUAUGGCAGGUUCUUGUCAAACCUAUCGCAUCUAUCUUUAUUGUCCAUAUCCUCCAAGCAUCAAUCGGAAGAGUUUGCAAAUCGUUUGAUCUUGCACCGUGGCAAUAUUGUAUGUCGCCAGUUACGACUCGAUAAAGAAGACGUGGGCAUCGUGCGGAAAGGUACAACCGUUACUGUCCACAAUCUGUUCGGCGACAUACCGGUCCGCUUUAAACACCUAUCACACCUCCAUUCUUCCUCAACCGAGACUGAGAGAGCGUUCAACCAGGUAAAAGCAAUGUUUGUUGGUUAUUUGCUUGCCCAACCUCAUGCGGUGGAAGUGAGAUUCUCCUUGAAAGGCGAAAAGCAGCCCCACCUCCAUUGCCGCUCGCCUCUUUUGAGCCAAGGGCGAUUCUCAUUGGAGUCAAUCGUAUCAACACUGUUCCAGGCUAAGCUGGUGACCUCUCUCGAUACCACUAAUUGGCGCGCAGCAUCUGUUCGCACCAGUCAGUUCUGCAUCCGCGCUGCUAUCUCAGUCGAACUGUCCCCAAACAAGACAAAUCAGUUCAUUUCUAUCGCGAAGUCGCCAAUCCGAAGAGGGCAAUCAAUCAGUUGUUUGUAUGAUGUUAUUGACCGGCUCUACGAGGUGUCUAGCUUCAGGUCUCCGGAUUCUGCCCCGAGUGCGCCGUGUGGCGUAACUAAACACCGCAAACCUCAGCACAACUUUAUUCAACCCGUCAGGCUGCAAAAGGCCGUGGAUAAGUGGCCUAUGUUCCACAUCCAAAUCGAGCCGAGAUCCUGUGAACUAUCGCGCAUACUCGGGUCGGAACAUUCUGGGGCUGAUGCGCUCCCGAUCGUUGAUCAUUUGACAAAGGCGGUCGAAACAUUAUUCUCCAAUUUCUUAUUUGCGAAUGGAUACUCGGCCGAUUCCGGGCGCAACGAAUCUAAAAGUGUACGGGACCGACGGAAACGUGAAGAUCCUUCUCGCCGACGACCCAUCGAGCAAUCCAGCGCUAAAGUAUCGAAAUCUGCAACUGAAGCCCGGUAUUUAAAUAACUGGCAGCGCGUCAAGAGUGCCCGGCUUUCACGAGAGGAUUUUCGCUACGGCCUAAACCUGAGAAACCCCGAUGGCAUCUCUUGUCUACCUACAAGAGCAACCGAAGGACGUCCCUUUCUUGGAUCCCUGCGCUCCGGAGAACCGGGCUACGGAAAUGCGGCCUGUGAAACUCAAACUGUUUGCAACGACAACGAUGAGACUGUCGUUGGCCUUCCUUUGUUCGACUCACACAAUGGCCAAGUCGUCUACCUCCAUCCUCGCACAGGAGCCGUCAUACCUCGGGCUAAUCCAAACCCUGCGUGCUCAGAUCGAAGUCGCGGAUGUUGCUCUCCGCUAGCACAACGUCAGAGGCUUCCCGCCUCAAACAACAGCGAGGGCCAAAAGCCUCCGACAAAACCUGUGCUCAACUUGCAGCAAUACCUGCGAACGAAGUCUCAUCACCAAGCUGACGCACCGAUUGCCUGUAGGAAAUUCGAACCCGUUUCGGACGUAUUUGGGAAAUGCUACGGUGCUGACGGGCAGGGCAAAGCUGUGGUGGAAUCACAAAUCGUCACCAAAGGUGCUCUAUCGAGCGCCACUGUUAUCCAGCAAGUUGAUCGAAAGUUCAUCCUUACCACUCUUGCUCUUCAAGAUCCGCGCGACCCAUGCUCGGCAGAGAGACACGAGCGAAGACUUCUUGGUCUUAUCGAUCAACAUGCGGCUGACGAAAGAGUCAAAUUCGAAAAGUUGUGUAGCGACAUCUGCAAGCGCACUUCAACAAAUCUUACAACACCAAUGAUCUUCGAGGUGGACGAAAUUGAGGCCAGACUUUUGGAAGAGCACAGGGAAUAUUUUUCGAAAUGGUGUAUCGGCUACUGCAUUGUCGAAGAAAUUCAAGCAGCUCAAUCCUCGCGCAGCCAUCACACCUGGACAGUCAGGGUGACUAUGCUGCCGACCCUCAUUAUCGAACGUUGUCGCGCCGAUCCGAAGCUUUUGGCUGACAUCAUCAGAGGCGAAAUAUGGUUAGGCGGUGCGCUGCGGCGUCGCACUCCGCUACCCCAUCCUCCACAACCCGAUGAGCCUUCCUGGUGGUCCGACAUGGCGGAUUGCCCGAAAGGUAUAAUCGAGAUGCUGAAGUCUCGAUCGUGCCGCACCGCGGUGAUGUUCAAUGAUCAUCUCGAUACAAGACAAUGCCACCAACUUGUCCAAAGUCUAUCUCAGUGCACCUUCCCUUUUCAAUGUGCUCACGGACGACCCACGUUAACAGUGCUGGCAGAGCUUGCUGGUGGGGAUUUUGGUGGCCCUGGCAUGGGUGCAUAUGCUGAUCCCAGCGCCGCCGCGCUUGCAUUCGGUGACGCCUGGAGAGGUUGGCAAAGUAGGCGUAUUGGGUAA